AUGCGUUCGCUCAGUGUAGUCUUAACGCUUCUACUUGUAGCAGGGGUCAUUUCCAGCACUGAAAAAUGGGACUACGCUUUCAAUGGAGACGAUUGGGAAGAACUUUGCCAAACCGGGGAGAGACAGUCUCCGAUCGACAUCGUCAGGAAGUGGACUUCAUUCAAGCAUGUAGCGACACCCUUGGAACUGAUCAACUACGAUAAAGAAGUUCCGGUUUCAGUGAUAGUUGAUAAAAGCCAUUUCACAGUAAAAGUUAUUCCAGAUCUGAAUAACAGAAUUGCCAUUUCCGGGGGAGGCCUUCGUGGGACAUAUGUACUGCAACAAGUUCACUUUCAUUAUGGGUCAGAACAUCUCAUUGAUUCUCAGAGGUAUGCGUUAGAAGCUCACUUGGUCCAUUACAGAGAAAUCUAUGGCAACCGAACAGAGGCUGCAUUAAAUGAUCCAGAAGGAAUCGCUGUUCUUGGAACUUUAUUCUGUCAAUCCAAAAAGAACUUUAACUUGCAAAAGGUGGUAGAAGCAGUGAACAACCAAGUACAAAACGAUGUAAAAUUAAAUUUUCGAGACUUUUUACCAGAUGAUUUAGAGUUUUACCGUUAUUAUGGAUCGUUGACAACACCUCCCUGUUCAGAAGCUGUGGUAUGGACUGUUUUUAAAAAUAGGGCAUCAGUGUCUAAGCUGCAACUUGAUGGUAUCAAGAGUGCUUUUCCUGAAAAAGUUCGUAACACAUACAGGCAUGUGCAGUCAUUAAAUGGAAGAGAAGUUGAGAGUUGGGAAUUCAAUUCUGAGUUUGCAAACAAAGUUAAUUUUAUAAAGAGUUCCGCAAAUCUAUUGGUGGCAGCUCCUUUAUUUGCACACAAUUUACAUGGCAUAUUUUAAACUAAUAAAUUAUUUUUUAU